AUGACGAUUGUGAUGGUUGUACGUACAAUUGGAAUUGGUCGUAUAUUUUUACCUUUUGUCUUAGUUACCUAUUUGUUAGCAUUAACACUAAAUAUCAUUUCAUUUUCUGCACCUGAUUGGUUGGUCUAUACCGAUGUAUCGAUUAAAAUUGGUCUGUGGAGAAUAUGUGACACAUCAAAGAUUGGUUAUGAUAAAUGUGCUGAUUGGAAUGAUCGAACAUAUCCAACUAAUUUAGCAAAUACUGUUUUUAUUGGACCACCAGAUUAUGUUAAAAGUUCUCAAGGCUUAGAAAUUAUUUCAUUCCUAUUUUACAUAAUCACCGGUAUGCUAUUAUUGUUCGCUAUUCUCAAAUUUUCCAUACCAUUAUUAUUCUUUAUUGGAGCUAUAAUGUUGUUAAUAUCAGUUAUAUUUCUGUCAGCGACACUUGGCAUAAUGUGUAAUCAAGGUCGUGCUCGUCAUGGUGGUUAUUUACAUUUCGCAUGGCUACCGUUUGAUAAAAUGACUGAGGCUGCAUCAAAUAAUGAGAUAGUAAAUAAUGGUAUAAGUCAUCAGGUUAAUCAGUUAAACCCACCACCUUACCAACCACAACAACAACAAUCGUCAUCUUUCUCUUACAAUCAUUUACCUGAUACAUUGAGUUACGGUCUCAUGAACAAUACCAAUGCAAAUUCGUAUCCAAUGCUUCAACACCAGCAACCUCAACAACCUCAGCAACAACAACAAUAUCUGGACGACCAACAACCAUCAACAAACCCUAAUUACGUUUUUUCAUCCUACACUCAACCCCCGCCAUCUGUUUUAACAAAAUUGGCAAGAGAAUAUGUGAGAAAUCAAAUGUUUAAUCCUCAACAGCAACCAGCACCGGUACUCGGAGAAUCAGUAUUGGAAAAUAUUCCGCAAUAUAUUGACUUGCAACCGCAACAUACUAAUCAACCACAAGGAUAUAUUUAA